GCCAUCAUGAGUGACUUCAUCGGAUCAAACAAGUAUACCAUCACGCCCCGCCACACCGACAAGAAACUCGACCUAUACCAGGGCAGCAAGAAUGACGGGACCACGCUGCAGAUUUACGAAGCGCAGCCUGGCAAUCCGAACCAGGAGUUUGUUUUUGCCGAUGUGGGCAACGACGAGUACCUGAUUCUGAAUCUGGGUAGCGGCACGUACAUGACUGCUAACAGUGAAACUGACGCCCCCGUCACUGGCAAUCUCCUCCCGCCCGUUGACCAGAGGGUGCGCUGGAAGGUGGUUCCGGUUCGCGGUGGAAGUGGAGCCUACAAGUAA